AUUGCUACCAACGUGACGAUUCACUGAGAAUCGAGCGUAUUUUCAUUUUCAUACAAUUUAAAAAUAGAACAAUUGCAUAGUGUAAUCGUAGAAUAAAUUUUGAACAUAUCCAGAACAAUAAUUUUCAAGACUGAUAACAGAUUUCGAAGACAAGUGGCAGAGUGAGAACGUCUUUCUGCAAAAUGGCAUCGAGUCAGGUGGAAAAGAUUGUCAAUUUGUACAAGACGAUAGCAAGGAACCCGUCUUUGGCUGGUGCGAAAAUUGUCGAACUUAAUAGUAACAAAAUAUCGAUUCUGAGUACUUGGUCUCAGAGGAACUUGGAGAGAAAGUUAAACCAGAAAUUUUGCCAGUCUCAUAUUUUAGAUUCGAAGUUCCAAGUACAGUCUGAAACCUUUCCCAUCGACGUUACAACAGAACUUUUGUCUUCCACCACCGAAGACGAACAAUGUAGGGCUGUCGUGAGACAAGCUACAAGUGAAAAUACUACUAAACAGUUCAUUGAAAUCUGGGAUAGGCAAAGACUUGUGAAAAAUUAUGAUUUGUCUGCUUUAGAUGUGCAUGGAGACGUGUACGCAGACGCUGAAUUUGCUUCCCUCGAGUGGUCCCCAGAUAAAACUAAACUAUUGUAUAUAGCCGAAAAGAAGCUUCCAAAAUCUGAACCAUUUUAUAAACAGAAACCCAUUAAAAAGGAUAAAGAUAAUGAGAAGAAGGAUGAAGAUGAAGUAACAGCAGGUAAUGAAUACCUUUACAAACCUCAUUGGGGAGAACAAUUGGUAGGCAAACACCGUCCAGUUGUCGCUGUCCUUGAUACGACGACAGAUACGAUCUCUGCGCUCUCAGGCAUACCAGAGGAAUUAUCACCCGCUCAAGUAUUAUGGACCGACGACGGGAAAAGUAUAGUUGGCGUAGCAUGGAAACAUGAGCCGAGACAUUUGGGCCUUAUUGCCUGUACUAAUAGACUCUCGUGGAUAUUUUUAUGGAAAGAUGGAGAGUACAAAAAAAUUUCAAGCGACGGUUGCGCUGUUCGCCGUCCUCGAUUUAGUCCUGAUAGAAAGAAGCUCAUCUGGUUAGAGAGAGAAGCAGGUGGUCCUCAUCAUAAUGCUCAUAGGCUCAUGUAUCUCGAGCUGAACUCUGAGAAUCUGAAGGCUGAUGUACUCGUGGACAUUGUGCCAUCAAAUACAAGUAUUAAAAAUUCUGAGAAAUUCUUUGGUCUGUACGGUACAGUGUUACCACGUCGUUGCUGGAGCUCGGAUUCAAGAUAUAUAUUUUUGAGCACACCUCAACAGAAUAAUAUUCGAUCUUAUAUUAUCGAUGCUGAAACGAAGGCUAUAAUCGAGAUUCCAAAUUAUAAGAGUAGUCUUAGUGUCUUGGACGUAAAAAAUGACAUCAUCAUCUUUUCGGAAACUUCUCUUUUGCAACCGCCUACCCUCUCAGUGGGAAGAAUCGAUUCGGAAACAAUGAGUAAUGGUCAUAUUAAACGAACUAGAAUUCCACCGUCUGCGUUAAUCCCUGGUUCGGAAAAAUUAGUUUACGAACCUUGCGAAUACGAUUAUGAUACGGAUGAAGAAAUUAAGCAUUUCAACUAUAUUUAUUUCGGACCAAAAAGUGGAAAUGAUAAGUCUGUACCUUUGAUAAUAGCUAUACACGGUGGACCCCAUUCUAACUACGUAAAUUCGUUUAUACUAGAUUACUACUUGUUUGUCUUAUCAGGUUUCGCAGUGGUACAAGUCAACUAUCGCGGUUCUACUGGGAUGGGUUCAAAGAACGUUGAAUAUCUUCAAGGAAGAGUUGGGAGUGCUGACGUAAAGGACUGUAUGAUUGCUACCAAGGAUGCUUUACAAAAAUAUCCUUGGCUAAACCCAGAUAAAGUAGGACUAUAUGGCGGUUCCCAUGGAGGAUUUUUAGUUACUCAUUUGAGUGGCCAAUAUCCAGAUAUGUAUAAAGUUGUGGUAGCGAGGAACCCUGUUAUCGACAUUGCGGCUAUGUACACUAUAUCAGACAUUCCAGACUGUCGCAAUGCUCUGAGUAAGGAAGAAAGAUAUAAGUGCUGUGCCACAGCGAUGAAUUACCCUUUCGAUGAGAGCGUCCCAGUCUCGGAGGAAGAUCAAGUUCAGAUGGUCGUAAAAAUGUAUAAAUGUUCUCCGAUUGUUCACGUUGGUAAAGUAAAGGCACCGACUUUGGUAUGUCUCGGUUCGAAUGAUCUCCGCGUACCCGCGUCCCAGGGAAAAAUGUGGUAUCAACGUCUCAAGGCGAAGAACGUUAAAACAAAGAUGUUACUUUACGAAGAUAACCAUCCUUUGGCAUCGGGACCAGUUGAGAUUGAUAACAUUAUCAAUGCUUACUUAUGGCUACACGAACAUAUUCCGACCGAAGAAAACAAGUAGAUGUAUAAUGAAGAUAACAUAAUAUCUUGAUAUACUUAGUUAAUUAACC